CAAACGACAUCGCCAUCAUCGCUCAACGGACUUUGCUGCGUGCAGUAACAGCCAGAGACUAACCACCAAAACCGUAAAAUACCAAACUGCCAUCUCAAAGCAAUUCUUUCUUUCUCUCGUCUCACCUUCCAAAAUUCGCUGGUUUCUAGGUUUUCUGGUAGCAACAAAAGCUUUCCGUUACUUUAAAUUUUGAUUUAAGAAUUAGUAUUUUUGGGCAUGAGAGUGCCGAGUGCGGACCUCUUCGAUCCCCGAACCAUCAUGGAUUCUGAUUACUCUCCUGGUGGCCUCGAUGGCUCUGGUUCAGACCCUGACUUCGCCUUCGCCUUCAACGAUAGCAAUUUCUCCGAUCGUGUACUUAGGAUCGAGAUCAUCCCCGAUUUGCCCGAGACGAAAUCCGACGGUGACCCUUGCACCAGCAUCGCUGACUGGGCACGCAAUCGCAAGAGGCGAAGGGAGGACAUCAAGAAAGAAAGUGCUGCUGAGGUUAUUGGGCAAAGUGAGGAGCAGAUAAUAAAUGUUAACAUGCCAGACACUGAGGAUGUUGUGGUCUAUGAAAAUCAAGACGAAGAACCUAUGGCAAUGGUUGAGGAACCUCCUACAGAUGCUGAUUUGAAUUUGAAUCAACUUGGUGAUGAUGCUUCUACUAGUAAUGACUCAUCCUGGAAUAUGGAUUGUUCAACCGUCCUAAGAGUCAAGACUCUACAUAUUAGUUCUCCAAUAUUAGCAGCUAAGAGUCCAUUCUUCUACAAGUUAUUCUCAAAUGGGAUGAGGGAGUCAGAGCAGCGACAUGUCACUCUACGGAUACAUGCCUCUGAAGAAGCCGCCUUAAUGGACCUACUUAAUUUUAUGUAUAGUAGUACCUUAUCAACAACCACACCUACUGCUUUGUUGGAUGUGCUGAUGGCUGCUGACAAAUUUGAGGUGGCAUCGUGCAUGAGAUAUUGCAGCCGGCUGUUGCGAAAUUUGCCAAUGACCUGUGAGUCUGCAUUGCUUUACUUGGACCUUCCUUCUACCAUUUUAAUGGCUGAAGCAGUUCAGCCACUGACAGAUGCUGCUAAGCAGUUCCUUGCUGCACGAUACAAGGACAUAAAUAAGUUCCAAGAAGAGGUCCUUAAUUUGCCAUUGGCUGGUAUUGAGGCAGUAUUAUCCAGUGAUGAUCUUCAGGUAGCUUCUGAGGAUGCUGUUUAUGACUUCGUGCUAAAGUGGGCUCGUACUCAUUACCCAAAAUUGGAGGAUAGGCGUGAAAUCCUUGCUACACGGCUAGGUAGACUAAUACGUUUCCCAUUUAUGACCUGCCGAAAACUGAAGAAGGUGUUGAGUUGCAAUGACUUUGAUCCUGAAGUUGCAUCCAAGGUUGUACUUGAGGCUCUCUUUUUCAAGGGUGAGACACCAUAUCGGCAGCGUAUACUCGCUGCAGAAGAAGCUAAUUCUGCCUAUCGUCGAUUUGUGGAGCGAGCUUAUAAGUACCGACCAGUCAAAGUGGUGGAGUUUGAACUUCCCCGUCAGCAGUGUGUUGUAUACCUGGACCUGAAGCGUGAAGAGUGUGCACAUCUAUUUCCAGCUGGGCGUGUAUAUUCACAGGCAUUUCACUUGGGUGGUCAGGGAUUUUUCUUGUCUGCUCACUGCAAUAUGGACCAACAGAGCUCAUUUCAUUGUUUUGGACUGUUUUUGGGAAUGCAAGAGAAGGGAUCAGUAAGCUUUGCUGUUGACUAUGAAUUUGCAGCAAGAUCAAAGCCAUCUGAGGAGUAUGUGAGCAAGUACAAAGGGAACUAUACCUUUACAGGAGGAAAGGCUGUUGGGUAUAGGAACCUGUUCGGUAUACCCUGGACGGCAUUCAUGGCAGACGACAGCCUCUACUUCAUCAAUGGAAUCCUCCAUCUCAGGGCAGAACUUACCAUUAGACAAUGAAUCAUUGUCUUGAAAAAAUGCGUUUUUCACCUAGUGGCCUCCGGUGUUUCUUUUAAAUACAUAUAUAUAACUGCCUUAGGAACAUUUUGGAUUCCUGACCUGGUGUUAUUUGUUGUAUUGAUUCCUGAAGCCACAUUACUGAAACGAAUAUGUAUUGAAGGAUCAACUGAUAUGCUGUUCUCUAUUUGUCUAGAUAUCCAGGCUUUUGUAUAUCAGAUUACAGCUAGGGUCAUCGGACUAUGGUUUCUAUUAAUCAGUCAAACUUAUAGUUAAUUUGUAUAUA